CAAACCCGUCUCUCUCUGUUCUGUCUCUAAAGUAUAACCCAUUCCUAAUUCCUAAUUCCAGAGAAACCCUAAUACCUAAACCAGAACCAUCAGCCACCGCCCACCGGCAAAUAGUCCUCAUCGUCAUCGACUUUCACCAGCCACCGGUCUCCCUCUCGCCGUCUCGUCUCUCCCUCUCGCGAGUCACGGUUUCUUAUCUUCUUAAGUUCUUAUCCAGUGACUCAUACAUGGCUGAAAAUACACAAAAUGAUAAGGCGAUGAUGGGUGAAAGUGGAGCUUCUAAUUCAAAUGCAACAAGUCAAGCUCAAACAACGGAGUCAAAUAUAACCAAAAAAAGGAGAAAAAGGUCUGUUGUGUGGGAUCAUUUUACAGAAAUUAUUACUUCUGAAGGGAGUACAAAAGCAAAAUGUGACUAUUGCUUAAUUGAGUAUUUAUUUAAGACCAAUGACGGAGGACGUCUUCUUGAUUCAUUUAGGAGUUCAUUAACUCCUAAAUUGGUGCAAGCUCUAGUGUGUCUUCAAGAUUGGCUUCGAAAUGAAAAAUUAAAACAACACAUUAGUGUUGAGGAAGAUCUUGAUAAAAUCGAGCAGCUUGAACAAGAUUUAGCAAGCAAUGGAAAAGACCCUUCCGUAAUUGACGUGUAGUGUUAAUAUAUUUGGUACCAGUUCAAAGGUUCUCACAAAAGGGGAAUUCUUGUUUCAAGGGAUCCUGCAACACUGGUGGCCAAGUAUUCUGAUCCUCUAGUCCUCCGUGGAACUGUUGAUAGAGUCACUGAUCCGUUGGCUUCUUAAGAUCUGUACAAUGAGGCCGCUUCUGAGUUCAAGGACAUUAAACUUUAUGAUGGGUUCUUGCAUGAUCUUCUGUUUGAGCCCGAGCAUGAAGAAAUUGCUCAGGAUAUCAUUGACUGGAUGCACAAGAAGUUAGGUGCUGGCAAUCUUGCAAAUGUGUAUGGUCUGUGCUAUCUUUGCAAAUAGUUAGUGUUUUGAUUGAUCAGGGGUUUUAAGGGCUGCUAUGAUAUGAGAUGAAGCUAUACUUACUAAUAUACUAUGCUGGAUUUGUUUCCCUUUUUCUCUUCUAGUGGUAAUGAACCUUUUCUGCUGGAUAAACAUUUGAAUUUGAGAUUUGAAUGACUUCAGUAAUCAGUACGGCAAUACCUAGUUCUAGUUGAUUUUACUUUUGAAAUGAAAGGCCAACUGCUACUUAGCUUUCU